GUUCACUGAUCUAAAAAAAAAAGACUGGAUCGAGCAACCUAUUGUUUUCACGCGCCAAAAUUUGAAGCCAGAUUUUUUCGAUCGCCGCCAUCUUGGUGAGACCACCUUACGCGCCACAGCUUUGUGAUUGUGCUGGUAUACGAACGCAGAAUUAGUGAAAAAUAUGGGAAAAACCGGAACGCAGUGUUGUGCAUAUGGGUGCAAUAAACGAAGAAAGAUGAAGGGAGCGGGGGAAAACAUCAGGAGUGCCAGUGAAGGAAGCGAGGAUGAGGAAACACAACUUAAAAAGCACUUCCCAAGAACCUUCCACUCAUUUCCAUCAGAACCCCUGAGACGAGCAAAGUGGCUGUCUGCAAUGCACAGACAAGACUGGAGCCCAACAAAAUAUUCCAGGAUUUGCUCAGAUCACUUUCUUGAGAGGGACAUCAAUAGAACAGGACAGAUUGUUCAACUAAGGGAGGAUGCAGUGCCUACAAGAUUUAAAAAGUUUCCAAAACAUCUCAAGAAGACCACAACAAAAAGAAAGAUGCCAAUUGAAAGAUCCUCUAGUGACACACCCGAAGUAGCAACUGCUGAACAGCAUCCAAAGAGAAUAUGCGUUGACCAGGUGUUGCCAAGUGAUCACACUUAUGAAAUCCAGGAGUCUCCAAGGAAACUCAAGACAAAGCUGGAGAAAAGUUCUCAGCAAAUUAUGAACCUCAAAAGAAAAUUGAAGGCUUCCCAGCAGAAAACACGCCGUUUGCGUGUCAAAGUAAAGUCACUGAAGACAGUGGUAAGAUGCCUCAGGAAAAAAAAUCUCAUAUCUUUGAACUGUGAGGAGAUGUUGAACAAGGCAAUCCCUGGUGUACCACUGGCUGUAAUGAAGAGGAUGACAUCACGCAAAGAGGAGGUGGCCAAGCUGCAGAAGCAUCUGGCCUUGCUCAGGCAUGAGUAUGUGAAGAUGCAGCAGAAGCUGGCGGACACAGAGAGACGCUGUGCCGUGCUUGCCGCUCAGGUGCCCGGCCAAGGCUCCAGCAGCCCUGCAUCUGACGACACCUUCAUUAGUCGUCUGCUGGACAUCGUGUCAGAGCUGUUUCAGCAGGAACAGUACAGUGAUCUGAAAGUGAAAGUUGCUGGGUACGAGCUCAGUGCACAUAAGUUUGUCCUGGCUGCUCGCAGCGAUGUCUGGAGCCUCAGCAAUAUGGCCACCACCUCUGAAUUGGACCUAUCUGACUGCAAGCCCGAGGUUGCCAUGGCGAUGUUGCGCUGGGCAUACACUGACAAGUUGGAGCUCAGUGAGGACGACGCAUUUCUCAUUGCCUUGAUGAAGUUGGCCAACCGCUUCCAGCUUCAGCUGCUCAGAGAAAGGUGUGAAAAGGGUGUCAUGUCCUCGGUGAACGUCAGGAACUGCAUCCGCUUCUACCAAACAGCCGAGGAGCUAAAUGCCACAACACUGAUGAACUACUGUGGAGAGAUCAUAGCCAGCCACUGGGACGAUCUGAGGAAAGAAGAUUUCAGCACCAUGAGUGCCCAGCUUUUGUACAAGAUGAUCAAGUCCAAAACUGACUAUCCUCUCCACAAAGCCAUCAAAGUUGAGCGAGAAGAUGUGGUUUUCCUCUAUCUCAUUGAGAUGGACUCGCAGUUGCCCGGCAAGUUGAAUGAACUGGACAACAAUGGCGACUUGGCUCUCGACCUGGCGCUCUCUCGAAAAUUGGAAAGUAUCGCCACUACUCUAGUUAAUAACAAAGCUGAUGUUGAUAUGGUGGACCAGAGCGGAUGGAGCCUUCUGCACAAGGCCAUCCAAAGAGGUGAUGAAUUUGCGUCCAUCUUCCUAAUUCGUCACUCGGCUCAGGUCAACGCUGCCACCGUGGGGGCGGUGGAAACCCCUCUUCACCUCGUUUGUUCCUUUAGCCCCAAGAAACACUCAGCAGAUGUGAUGAGCGGCAUGACGCAGAUUGCACAAGCUCUGCUCAAGGCCGGAGCCAACCCCAACAUGCAGAACAGCAAGGGCAGAACUCCUUUGCAUGAAGCUGUGUCAUCGGGGAAUGAGCCGGUGUUCAGCCAACUACUACAGUGCAGACAUCUUGACCUGGAACUGAAAGACCACGAGGGCAGCACACCUCUGUGGCUGGCGCUGCAGUACAUCACCGUCUCUUCAGACACUUCUGUAAAUCCAUUCGACGACGACGCUCCAGUCGUGAACGGCACCACAUUUGAUGAAAAUAGUUUUGCAGCACAGCUCAUCCAGAGGGGGAGCAAUGCUGAUGCGCCAGAUAUGUCAACAGGAAACUGCCUAAUGCAAAGAGCAGCUUGUGCAGCCAAUGAGGAAGCUGCUCUUUUCCUAGCCACUCAUGGGGCAAAGGUCAACCAUGUUAACAAGUGGGGGGAAAGCCCUCUUCAUACAGCAUGCCGCUGUGGCUUGGCUAGCCUGACAGCCGAGCUGCUCCAGCAGGGGGCAAACCCUAACCUGCAGACCCAGAAGGCUCUGCCUGAUGACACCUUUGGUGUGGCUAUGCAGACCCCCCUCCACUUGGCCAUUGCUCACAACCACCCAGAUGUGGUCUCUGUCAUCCUUGAGCAAAAAGCAAAUGCACUACAUGCCUCCAACAAUUUCCAGAUCAUUCCAGACUUCAGUCUCAAAGACUCUGUGGACCAGACAGUGUUGGGCUUGGCCCUCUGGACAGGUAUGCACACCAUAGCAGCUCAGCUCCUGGGCUCUGGAGCUUCUAUCAAUGACACCAUGUCCAAUGGACAAACCCUGCUUCACAUGGCCAUCCAAAGACAAGACAGCAAGAGCGCCCUUUUCCUUCUUGAGCACCAGGCAGACAUCAACGUCCGGACCCUGGAGGGGCAAACUGCACUGCAGUUGGCCAUCAGUAACCAGCUGCCACUAGUAGUGGAUGCUAUUUGCACACGAGGAGCCGAUAUGUCUGUGGUUGACGACAAAGGGGACCCUCCUUUGUGGCUGGCUUUAGAGAAUGGCCUGGAAGAUAUUGCAUCCACGCUGGUCCGUCAUGGCUGUGAUGCGACGUGUUGGAGCAAAGGCCCUUCUGGCUGCCAGCAGACCCUCUUGCACAGAGCUGUUGAUGAGAACAAUGAGGUCUCAGCUUGCUUCCUCAUCCGCAGUGGUUGCGACGUGAACAGCCCUCGGCGGCCCGGCCCUAAUGGGGAAGGAGAAGAAGAGGCCAGAGAUGGACAAAUGCCUCUUCACCUAGCCAGCAGCUGGGGACUGGAGGAGGUGGUGCAGUGCCUUCUGGAGUUUGGAGCUAAUGUUAACACACAGGAUGCAGAGGGUAGAACCCCUAUCCAUGCUGCCAUUAGCAACCAGCACAACGUUAUUAUACAGCUCCUGAUUUCCCAUCCAGACAUCCGUCUCAAUAUUCGUGACCGCCAAGGAAUGACACCCUUUGCCUGUGCCAUGACGCACAAGAACAACAAGGCAGCCGAAGCAAUUCUCAAAAGGGAGCCAGGUGCUGCUGAGCAGGUUGACAACAAAGGGCGAAACUUCCUCCAUGUGGCUGUGCAAAACUCCGAUAUCGAAAGCGUCCUGUUCCUCAUUAGUGUGCAAGCUAAUGUCAACUCCAGGGUUCAGGAUGCAGCUAAACUCACUCCUCUCCACUUGGCUGUGCAGGCUGGAUCAGAGAUCAUUGUCCGAAAUCUGCUGCUCGCGGGAGCCCUGGUGAAUGAGCUGACCAAACAUCGACAGACUGCCCUGCAUUUGGCUGCUCAGCAGGACCUGGCCACAAUUUGCUCUGUUCUCUUGGAGAAUGGCAUUGAUUUUGCUGCUGAGGAUGAGAAUGGCAAUAACGCUCUUCAUCUGGCUGUGAUGCAGGGCCGCCUUAACAAUGUCAGAUCCCUCCUCACCGAGUCCAACAUUGAUGCUGAAGCCUUUAAUCUCAGGGGUCAGUCACCAAUGCACAUUUUAGGCCAUUACGGUAAAGAGAAUGCUGCUGCCAUUUUUGAGUUGUUCCUGGAGUGCAUGCCUGAAUACCCGUUGGACAAGCCGGAUAACGAGGGUAACACAGUUUUGCUUCUGGCCUACAUGAAAGGAAACGCUAACCUGUGCCGCGCUAUCGUGAGGGCUGGCGCUCGCCUGGGCAUCAAUAACAAUCAGGGCAUCAACAUUUUCAACUACCAAGUGGCAACAAAACAGUUGCUAUUCCGCCUUCUCGAUAUGCUAUCCAAAGAGCCUCCUUGGUGCGAUGGAUCCAACUGCUAUGAGUGUGCUGCCAAGUUUGGUGUUACAACAAGAAAACAUCACUGCCGUCACUGUGGGCGCCUCUUGUGCCACAAGUGUUCCAUCAAGGAGAUCCCCAUCAUCAAGUUUGACCUGAACAAGCCUGUGAGGGUGUGUGACAUCUGCUUUGAUGUGCUAACUCUGGGUGGGGUGUCGUAACGCAGCAGCCCGGACAUUCUCCACCCGCCGAUGCUAGCCAGGCCGAGCCCAACUUAGCACAGUUACCGGGGGGCACGCUGGAAGGAACACGGGUAGCAGGACGUACUAACAAAGAAUAUUCCAGGCAAUUCUGGACCAGUGUCUUUCUACUACUCCAGUAUGUGGGGGGGAAAAAAACAUUGUUUUAGUGGGACAUUUAUUCAUUUUGUUUGUUUCAAUCAAAAUAUGUAAAAAUAUCAAGUAAUAGAAAGCAAUUGGACUGAGGUAACUUGCUUUUUACGGUCAUUGCAGUUCAAUGAUAAACGUCUCAAUUAUCAAAACACCAUGAGGAAGGUGUUUACCUGUGGUUUAUUGCGUCACCACUGCAGAUUUUACGCUACGCUACGUGACCUGCCCAAAGACAAAAGUUUGAGAAAAUUUACAGCACAAAACUACAUUUGGAUCACAUGAUCCUUGACUUGGGACCAUCUUAUGUAUCACUGGGUAUGAAAUACACCACUUCAGAGUCCAAAUCAUACCUACAGUUCAACUUCACUUGGGGGGGGGCAUACUGCGAAGAGAGUUGAGUGGGUUAGCGAGGUGUGUUGAGGCUCAAGCCAGGCUCAGCUGUUCAACCAAAGUCAUUCUCUUUUAAAGGAAAAGGUUUAAUAUCCAUCCACCAUGUGGUAACAGGCACAUUUAAUACGCACAGUAUUUUGGUUCUUUUUAAGCAUUAUCGGAACUUCCUUCCUGGGUGCACUGAUCACUGGUCACAUAGCAACAUAGAAACGAACGUAAAACCAAAAACGCAGCAGCGGCAACUCCAAUAUGUAGCGUUACCUUUCAGUAGCGGCCUGAGGCAUUGUGAGCGAGUGUGUGGCAAAGCGAGUUGCUCGCCGACAUGCCGUGACAUGGUGUCAAUAUGCCAGUAAAGUAGUUCAGCAACAGUUGUUAAAGGUUAAUUGUCGACUCUAAAUUGUCCGCAGGUGUGAGUGUAUGUCUAUUGUGCCCUGCGAUUGACUGAUGGCCACCACACCUCCUGACCAAAGUCAGCUGGAUAGACUCCAGCAUACCCCCCCCCGACCCUAGUGAGGAUAGAAGAUGGAUGUCAAAGUUCAUCAAUGAAAAGACUAGUAGGGUAUAGUUAGUAUAUUAAUCACUAGUCACUUACGCGCUCAGCAUUAUUCUGCCAGCAGCCCUGCCUCGCACUUAUCUCGUGUUGCUUUUGGCAGUGAGAAUCUUUUUAAACUCCUCUGAAGUAAUCAGUUGCUAUGACGUCAAACGCCCCCCUUUCAUCUGAACACGCGCCGAGCACAAAGCCGAGAACUGGAUUGGACAAAGUAAGUUGGGAACCACCGUGACAGUACCGUUUGACUUUGGGGAACUUCAGGUUUUGUUGAGCUGCAUCUCGAGCACAAAGGUUUGUUGAGCCACUUCCGCAGAAUCUCUCUCUCUUCCCCCCCCCCCAGUGUGGUGGAACAAGUCACAACUGGCUUAAAAACACGAAGUCAUCGAUACGUUCGCUACAUAUUACAUUAUGAUUUUAUACGCCUCUGCAUGUACUAGAAUUUGUAGCCUGUCAGUCAUUUAAAAAAAAAAUUGUACAUUCCAGUUUAAACUGGGCCACGAGGCCCCGGUCAGUCGUGACGCCGGUCCCCCACGACGAUGCCUCCCAAGUUAUUUACCGCUUUCUUUCUUUCAAAGCUGCACUUUAUCAAGACCAUGUGACAUGUCCGAUGGUUUGGAAGAUACUAAUGGCCAAGUAGUGCUGCCUCUUUCAGAAUUGUUCAAUUGUACAGAUAAAUGUGUGAUAUUUUUGACCACUGCAACCAUUUUUGUACUAAAUGCGGUUUGUGAUUGUCAUUGUGACAAACCUAAAUAUUGCCUCUGUUAAUCUUUUAUGCACAUUGUAUCGUAUCUAUAUGCUCAGAUAUCUCGCCUGUCCCUCCCUCGUGUGUCCUUUUAGAAAGAAGCAACAACGUCUUGACAUAAAGGUCAUGCAAAACUAAGAAAAGAUGGUUUUAAUUCGUUGUAAAGACUGUUUGCUUUGACUUGCUGGCACUGGACAUCACUUCCCCAUUCAGAAGUUUCUGCACAACCGUCAUGGGAAUGUCCGUUUUUCCACACUAGUGUUCUACUAAAGAGCACGAGCCAGCAUGUGUGGCACAGCCUUCAUAUUCCUGGAGAUUGGGGUUCUCCUCGUCUGCUGAUUGGUCCCUGACACAGACACAUCGGGCCCCGCCGGCACCUGGAGAAAAUAGUUUCCGUGGGACACCCGUCCAGCUCCUUUCUACUCCACCGCUGGUGAUGGGACACCAUUUUGGGAGGAGGAAAAAAAAAGGAAGAAAGGAAAAAAAAAGGUCAGUCCCCAAAAAUAUGGAAACCCGUUUCCGCCACUAAAAGAAAAAAAAUAUCCCGAUGGUGAAUUAGAAUUAUGAGAUAAAAAGUCAGUCAACAUGCCAAAAAAGUCAAUGAGAUAGGAAAGCCGAAAUGAGGAGAUGUAAAUUAUGAGAGUUGAAAUUGCGAGAUAAAAAGUCAAUUGAGAUGGGAAAGUCACAAUUACAAGUUUAAAUUUUGAAAGUCAUAAUUAUGAGAUACGAACCAUGCACGCCCAGUGAAGAAGGCAGCACAUGUAUUUCAUAAUUUACACUUUUUACUCAUUACUUCAACUUCAACUCAUUAACUUUUGAUCUCAAAGUCAACUUUUGAGCUCAUAAUUUGACUUUUUAUCUCGUCAACUUUUGAGCUCAUAAUUAUGACUUCUCAUUUUUACUUCAUAGCUCAUAAUUUUGACUUUAUUGCAUGUCGACCUUAUCUCAUGACUUAUAUCAACUUUUUAGCUCAUCAUUAUGACUUGUCAUUUUGACUUUUUUGCUCAUAAUUGACUAUUGCAUGUCGACCUCAUCUCAUAAUUAUGACUUGCCCAUGUCAACUUUUUACCUCAUAAUUCUGACUUACCAUUGGGAUACUUUCUUUGUGGCGGACGCGGGCUUCCAUAUGCAAACCUGACAUGUACCAGCAAUGCAGCUGCACUCAUAAUGAUCACUGUAAAAUGUGUCUGCAGUGUUUAUAAACUUGCAGUAGAUGAAAUAGCUCAACGUGUAUUAUUACAGACACUAUAUUUUCCAAUGAAAGUUUGUACAUUUUGGAAAAACAUGUAAAUUACAAUUGGGGUUUUCAAUCAUUUUGGGUGCAACUACACAGUCCCUACUUUAAGUUGAUCACAACACUAUUUAUAUCCUGUCUGCAGCUUAUUUGUACAAGCUCUUGCUAUUUACUUACCUUUUGGUGGAGCACCAGACCCUUCCUCCCCUUGCAGAGCUCCACUCUGAGUUGCAAGCAGGGAAAUGACGCAUCCUCGCCUCAGACUCUGCUUUGAUUAGCCGUCCCUCGGUAAGCAACGCUUCAAUGUGCAACAGGACCUCUGUGGGCUCUCCACUUUCAGAGUAGAACCGACCUGUCGCCAAACCUGAUAAAUCCGCAGGAGAGGCACAUGUAUUUACUUGAAUCCAAACUACUUAUGUUGAAAUAUAUCUUGUUGGGUAGACAGUUAAAAAGUUUGCAAGAUUUGUGUACAAAGUCAUGUUAAAAAAAAAAAAAAAAAAGACAAUACAGUCACCUCUCGUCACUUUGCAGUUCAGAUUUCGUGGCUUCACUCUUAAAAACCAAAACAAAUCAUGCUGUUUCCUGGUUGAACACGGCCUCUUAUGAGUAAAAAAAAAUAAAAAUGCAUAUUGUAUGUAUUUUUCUGUCUAAAUGAACUAAAAUGCAAAUAUAUGGCAUUGAGACACUUUGAAUAUGUAGUAUACUACACUGGUCACUAGGCGUCAGUAAUAAUACACAAACACCAGACUUGAUAGGUUACUAUAUCGGUCUAAAGGGCUCUAAUAAUAUUAAAAAAAUGUAUUUAGAAGGUUGUAAACAGGUUUUCUAU